UAUGGAAAAUCCCGCCUGGCCAAGGUUGCGAUUUACGAUUUAAAGUGGCAGUGCGGAGGACGAAUCGGCGGCGCGCGAACCUUUCUGGAACGCCGGGGACUGAGCGAAGAUUUAAGGCGCGGAGGAGGAUCGGAGACUCCCUUGGAGGAUUGGAGGACGAUCGGAUGGGAUCGAGGCCUGCGGAGAGAGGAUUGGGCGAUCCGUGCGAGCGAGGAUUGGAAAGAAAAGGAGAGAUAAAGAUUGGCGAAGGGAAGAAGUUUCUCCUGUUCUCUCGGAAGCAGCCGGGGAGGCGGACCCCACGAAAUGGCGGCGGAUAGCGAACGAAUGAAAAUACUGACUGCAUGCACAGCAGCUGAAACCUUCACGAAGCUCUAUUAUGACUCCUUAGACAAGAUGCGACACAGAUUGGGGAAGUUGUACCUGGAAGAUGCCCAGUUAGUGUGGAAUGGGAAUUCAGUGAAAGGAAAUACCAGGAUACAGAAGUUCUUUGAGGACUUGCCUACCAGUGUCCAUAACAUUUUGUGUGUAGAUGCUCAGCCUAUUAGUGACAAAGCAGUAGGCCAGCAGUCAACCAUUCAAGUCACCACUUCAGGCUUUGUAACCUUUGGUGAAAGGAAAUAUCCCUUCCAUCAGUCAUUUCUAAUAACUGCUAAAGAGGAUAAAUGGAAAGUUGUUUCUGAUGUAUUCAGAUUUCAGGCUGUAGUGUCAUAGGCUAGACUUUUUUUGUGUGUGAAUGUGUUUUUUUUAUACACCUUUUUUAUACAUUAUAUAUGUGGAACAUUACACUAGGAAAAAUAUUUUUUGGUAAAUAAAGCCAAGAAUUAUU